CGACGUUGUUGCUAAGGCCGUGAAGGACAGAGGCCCGCUCUCGCACGCACUCUCGUUCUCUAACUCUCCCUUGCACGACCACCUUACGCCUCUCCGUUAUUCGCUCUUUUAUUCCACUGUCUUUUGUGGCCGCUAUACCCCUCCCGACGUCCCAUACCCACACUGUCUUUGCCCAUCAUGCCCUCAGAUAACAAGCUCGGCAGGCGGGACAACAUCCACCACCAGCUCAACCGCCUCAGGGAGCUCAACGCCCGCUUCAGCCCCACCGCCGUCUUUGAAACCAGCACGGCUGCGGCCGCGGCGGCGACUACCUCGGACAGCGGUAACAACCUGCUCAGUGAGUUGGGUCUCGGUGGAAAAACCACUACUUCCACUUCCGCUCAGCCGACGACCACCUCUUCCUCCACCACCCCCACCACUUCCUCCACCAGCACUACCUCGAGCACCUCCACCACCAGCUCCUCCUCCACUACCUCGACCUCUACCACCACCUCAUCCUCUACCACUUCCACGACUAGCUCUACUACUUCGUCUAGCUCCUCGGUUGCGCCCACCACCAGCUCCGCCUCGAGUCUCUUGCUCGCGACAUCAACCACUCCGGCUGCUGUCACAACCCCCGCUACCACUACUCAUAAUGUGGUCACCGAUACCGCGUUUGCGACCAUUAGUGGCAGCAGCAGCGUCUCCUCGGCAGCCGCCAGUGCUACUACUUCCGCCGCCUCGACAGGUACCAGCACCGGUGCCGUCGUCGGAGGCGUGGCUGCCGCUGUAGUUGGAGUUAUCGCCCUCAUCGCUGCUAUCGCUUUCUUCCUCAGGAGAUGCCGCAGGAAGGAGGAAGACACGACGGACAUGGACGUUCCCUGGAACCGUUCCUCCGCCAGAGGCCAAUCCAUGAUGAUCCCAGACGACGAAGACCCCUACGCCGCCGCCCGUCUCAACGCCUUCGCCAAUAACCGCCGCGACGGCAGCUCGCCCCGUCCCCCGACCAUGAUCGAGCGCAAAAUAACGAACGGCUCAUCCAUGCUCUCCCGUCAACCCACCAUGCCCAACGCUCAGAGUCACUACCCACAGUACAACGACAGCUACGGCUCCACGUCUUUCAAUAUCGGCGAAGUCGUCUCCGCGCCGCCGAGCGCUAUUCCCAGCUCUGCGAAUCCGUUCUUGCAGGACGAGAGGUACGGUGCGCACCAGAACCAGAACCAGAACCAGAUGGCGAUGUAUGGGAACGUGCCGCCGUCGCCGGCGUUGACGAGACAGCCUUCGAACCCGUACGGUGAACCGAUGACGCCCCAGAGCGCGUUGACGAGGCCGCCGUCGAACCCUCAGCAACAGUAUUACGGAGGAAGCGAGUUCAGCGUGCAGCAGAGUGUGGCGCUGAAUAAGGAACUUCCGAGGGCGUAUGGGGACGAAGGAGCGCAGAACUUGAACAGGCAGCCUUCGAACCCAUCUCAGUACAAUGGUUACGCUCACGCUCACGCGCACAACGGUAGCGGCGGCACACCUAUUUCGGCUUUACCUCCCAUGCCCUACACGCCCGGAACUCCUUCGACACUUCGGACGCCCAAGACCGCGGAUCUGGAGAACGGCGAGGAAGAGGGUGGCACGUACGACCGUUCGAGCGUGACGCCGUUCCAGGAGAUGCAGUACGCGGAGAUCAAGAAGAAACUGGGAGUCGCCGCCAACGGCGGGAACACGCAGUCUCUCGGCGCGAUCUCGGAGAGGACGCUUUCGGGCGGUGGGGACGACGAUAAUUAUUCGCCGUUCGCGGACGAGAAGGAGAAGAAGGCGAUGGGGGAAUUGGGGGAGUUCGACGAGGACGAACAGAGGGGGUUGCAUGUUGUUAACAUGACCCCGGAACCUCCCCGAUCGCCUAACGUCGACGCGAAUGCGAACCUCCCCGCGUAUGACCCCAGUACAGCCCCCGUCCUCAGAGCGGAGAAGCAGAGGCCGCAGGAAAGGGAGCAGGAGCAGGAGCAGGAGCAGGAAGUAGAUAUGGAGGCGGACGCGCAGGAGAUCGAGUUCCCCGUGACGCCGACGAUGACGACUGGGUCGCUGUCCAGCUCGCGCGUGAUGUCGACGCCGCCGACGUUGCCGGAGAUGAACCGCGCGUUCUCACCGAUGUCGUACGAUUUCCCGUUGCCUGUUACUUCGUCGUCGAACGCGGGCAGCAUGUCUUUGAGUCUUGGCGGCGGCGGUAGCGGGACUGCGAGGUUGAGCGAGUUUGGGACGGAGUUGGGCGGUGGAGGGGGGGCGUUUGGGGUGGCGAAGGCGGGGGUGGCGAGGAGUCCUUUGGCGGAGAUUUCGUCGAUGAGUAUUCAGGGUGAGGUGCAGGGGCAGGAACAGCAGGGAAAUGGGAAAGGGAAGGAGAAGGAGAAGGAGACUGAGCCCGUUCAGAGGGCAAAUGUGCAGAUGAGGUCGGAGCAGAAGAGGCCGGAUACGACGUAUACCGUUUACGACGAGGAGGACGCGUACGGAGGGUUCUGAACAGAAACAAGAAAAGACGACACGGUUCCUGCCGUUCGACGCGUUCGACGUUCAAGGUAGUAUAUAGUUGUCCGCCGUCCAGGUCGACGAGGCGGAUUGUCGAUAUUUUGUCCUGCCCAUGCUUCCUUCCCUCUCUUCCUAUCCCGGGUCUCAUCCUAUCCCAUCUACUCUCCUCGCCCUCGUAAACUAUCCCCAGACUUAUUUAUCCACUAUCUGUAUUCUUCUCUCCCGUCUCCUGUGCUUCCAUCUCCAUCUCCGGUGUUCUGUCCCUCCCUCCCCUGUGCUUCUUGUCUCGGUCUGAGAUAACUACUGUCUUUUCUAUAGAGUGCGCGUUCGUUGUGGGCCCGUCCUUUCGUUCUUUACCCUUCGCUCCUUUGUUUGUCUUUUUCUUGGUCUUGGUCCGACUGCCCACCCACUGUGCCUUCCUCCUUCGCUCCCUCUCCCUCUCCCUCCUUCCUUUCACUCCGUGCAAGUCCACACCGUCAGUUCAUCGUGUAAUCCCUUUUUCUCCUCCCUCUGGAACACUCUUCCAGAUUGUCCAGAUUGUCCACCUUGUUCAAUUGUCUACUUUGUACUACCUCCUCCCCCUGCUCGUUCGUAGGUCGGUCGUGCUUUUGAUCGCGCGGUUUUGCGGUAAAUGGUUGUCGCGUGGUGCUGGUUCCCCUCCUUCCUCCCUCAAUCCGUCGUCAUUUUCAUCGAUCUCGACUUCUCCUCUCCCUUCAUCCUCGUGUCGUCGUGCACGAUGCUCUGCUUCUAUUUCCUUGGUUCAAUAUUUUUGCGUUUUAACCCACCCCUGUAGCUCUUCCACUUCCACUUCAUACUUCUAUGUCAUCGUUUCCCCGACCCCGACACCGACACCGACACCGACAUACCCCUUCAUUGAAUGAACCCUCCUCCUCCUCCUCCUAUCAUGAUACGUACCGUUUAUACCCCGUCGGCUUUUUGUUUUCAUUCUUGAGCUGGUGCAUAGCGCUGGUUUGAAUUUUUUUUGUGUUUUGGUUGGUUGGUUCAAGUCGCUUAUACGGUUGCUUGGUUACAUCUUGUGGUAACGCUACUGAGUACGAUAUCUGUUUGCUUGCCACUUACCUGCCACUUGCCACUUGCUUGCUGGGUUAUCAUUGUCAUGCGA